AUGUCGAAUACUGCGAGUGGGUUUGGUUUCGACCCUCCACCAAAGCUACCGACAACACAACUCAAUAAACACUCCAGGAAACAUUUCAACAUGAAUAUUAAUAUUUUAUAUCAGAAUGUGAGAGGAUUGAGGACGAAGACUACACAAUUUAUAUAUUUGUUAGAAUCAGCAGGUUUUGAUUUAUUUUCGAUCACAGAAUCUGGCCUCAAUGAAGGUAUUCACGACGCAGAAUUUGUGCUCCCUGGAUAUCAAAUACUGCGCUGCGACCGAGCUGAUGGGCGUAAACAAGGAGGCGUAUUCUUAGUGGCCACACCGAGGUAUGAGUUAAGGCGAGUGCCAGUGCCAAUCGAUUGUAACGCGGUACCUAAUAGUCACGAUAGACAGUUAGACUUAGUACUGAGCGCGAGCGGGUCCGUGUCAGUGGGCGCAGCGGACGAGGGUUUGCAGCCGGUGGACGAAUAUCAUCCGCCGCUGGCCGUCAGCGUCGACAUAGGCGCGCGCGCUUGGUCUGCGCGGUUGCCGCCGUCGCCGCCGCCAACGCCGCCGCCGUCCCGCGCCCCUCCUGCGCCCUCUGCUCUUUCUGCGCCUCACGCACACAAUCGUUCGUCUCCUACACACACUUCUUUACUACACAAUAGUCAGCGUGCGCAAUCCGCGAUAAAUCGUGAAUUAUUAUGGAACUUCAAUAAAGCUGACUUUAUUACAAUGUACGACUUAUUAGCUAAAAUAGACUGGAGUGAGAUGUAUUGUUUACAGGACCAGGAAUUAGUUAUAAAUUUGUUUUAUGAGAAGUUAUAUGGCGUGUUUGAUAUGUGUGUUCCUAUAAAAAAGAAUAGUCUAAUGAACAAUAAUAGGUAUAAAUACCCGGUAUGGUACACAGCUGACCUAAUUAAAGACAUACAAAUUAAAUACAAAUUGCAUAAAAAGUACAAAUCUAGUAAAUUACCGCAUGACUACAUGGAGUUUGCAAGAUAUAGGGCAAGAGUCAAGGCUGAGAUCGCACGUGCUCAUGACAUGUACCGCGACCACGUUCAACAGCAUUUGGUUAGAGAGCCGAGAGCGUUUUGGGGGUACGUUAGAUCCAGGAGGGGGAAUACAAAUAAUAGGAAAUUAAUUAAAGAUGGGCGGGUGCUAGCGGACUAUGAGUGUGCUAAUGAAUUUGCUCGCUACUUCCAGUCAGUAUAUAACCCGGAGCCCCCCGUACUGAGCGCGGCGGCGGCGGGCGCGAGCCGUGCGGCGGGAGCGGCGCGGGCUCACCUCGCGCUGCUGCGCCGCGCCGACGUGCGGACCGCGCUCGCGCGCUUGCCCCCUAAGCGUUCCGCUGGACCUGAUGGUAUUCCGGCCUUUAUUUUUAGAGAUUGCAGUGCAGUAUUGGUGGACCCGUUGUUGCAUUUAUACAACGUGUUUGUUCGAACAGCAACGUUUCCCGAUCGUUGGAAACUCACUCGGGUAGUGCCUGUGCCGAAAGGCAGUGGUGGGACUGAAGCUUGUGACUAUAGACCUGUGGCAGUAUUGUGCACUCCAGCUAAAGUAUUUGAGUCGGCCAUUCACAGCAGCCUGUAUUCACAGGUGGGUCCUUUGCUGUCGGACGCACAACAUGGCUUUCGUCCUGGGCGGGGAACGACGGGGAACUUGCUGGAUCUUAUGACACACGUUGUACCUGCGGUGGAUGCUGGACAGCAGGUGGACGUAGCCUACUUUGAUUUUCGGAAAGCCUUCGAUACCGUAGAUAAUGAUAUCCUUCUGUCAAAGCUGGCCGGUGUAGGCUGCACACCGCACACACUGACAUUCUUCUCAAAUUAUUUGAGAGACCGAUGUCAGUACGUUGACUGUGGCGGAAGCCUUUCUGAGCCCUACUUUACUAGUACAGCGAUAGCGCUCCUAGCGGCCGUUUCAGGUAUCAAACUCGUAACAGACAUCGAGGAAUAA